AUGUAUGGAAGAUUUGGUGAAGUAGAGGGGGCAAGGAAAUUGCUAGAUGAGGAUGGAAGUUCUGAUGUUAUUUGCUUUAAUGCAAUGAUUGACGGGUACUUGAAGUGUGGCGAGGUGGAAGCAGCUAAGGAAUUGUUUGGGAGCAUGAAGGAUAAGAAUGUUGGUUCUUGGAAUGUGAUGGUUAGUGGUUUGGCAAAGUGUGGCUUGAUUGAAGAAGCAAGAGAGUUGUUUGAUGAAAUGAAAGAAAAGAAUGAGAUUUCUUGGAGUGCUAUGAUUGAUGGUUAUAUCAAAGGAGCGUAUUAUAAGGAAGCCCUGGAAGUUUUUAAUUUGAUGCAAAGAGAGGAAAUUAGGCCUAGGAAUUUUGUUUUGUCUAGUGCGGUAGCUGCUUGUGCUAAUGUGGGGGCUCUUGAUCAGGGAAGAUGGAUUCAUGCUUAUGUGAAGAAGAAUUCAAUCUUCUUUGAUGCAGUUUUAGGCACUGCUUUGGUGGAUAUGUAUGCGAAAUGCGGGCGGCUGGAUAUGGCAUGGGAUGUUUUUGAGAAGAUGGAAAAGAAAGAGGUGUUCACUUGGAAUGCUAUGAUUUGUGGACUAGCUAUGCAUGGUAGAGCAGAGGAUGCAAUUGAGCUUUUCUCUAAGAUGCGAAGGCAGAAUUUUAGGCCUAAUGGGAUCACCCUUGUGGGUGUCUUAAGUGCUUGUGCUCAUUCGGGAAUGGUGGAUGAGGGUAUAGAGAUUUUGAAUUCUAUGAAGGAAUUGUAUGGUAUUGAACCUGAGAUGGAGCAUUAUGGAUGUGUAGUUGAUCUCCUAGGAAGAGCAGGGCUCUUAGGAGAGGCAGAGGAGCUUAUCUAUUCGAUGCCGAUAGAACCAAGUGCUGCUGUUUGGGGAGCACUUUUAGGUGCUUGUAGGAAACAUGGAGAUGUAGAAUUAGGUGAGAGAGCAGGGAAGAUUUUGCUAGAAUUGGAACCUCAAAAUAGUGGUAGAUAUGCUUUGUUAUCUAACAUCUAUGCUAGGGCUGGGAGAUGGGAUGAUGUUGCAAACGUGAGGAAACUAAUGAAGGAGAGAGGAGUUAAGACCACUACUGGAAUUAGCAUGAUUGAUUUUGAUGGUGUUGUCCAUGAAUUCAAAAUGGGAGAUGGAUCCCAUCAACAAAUGAAAAACAUCUACCUAACAUUGAAAAAUAUGCUUAAGAGGCUAAAGAUGGAAGGUUAUUCCCCAAAUACUUCUCAAGUUUUAUUUGAUAUUGAAGAGGAAGACAAGGAAGCUGAACUGCAGUACCAUAGUGAAAAACUAGCAAUUGCUUUCGGAUUGAUUAACACGAAACCCGGAAAAACAAUCCGUGUUGUGAAGAAUUUAAGGAUGUGCGAGGACUGUCAUUCUGCCUUCAGGCUAAUCUCUCAAGUCUAUAAUCGAGAGAUUAUCGUGAGGGACCGUGCACGUUACCAUCAUUUCAGGACUGGAACAUGUUCAUGCAAGGAUUUUUGGUGA